GGCAGACUGAAAGCAUCACAUCCUGCAGUGGGGAAACAGAAGGGGAAAAGAGGCGUGGUCAGCUCAAGAGUCCCACCACCACCCAGGACCAGCUCCUCCUGUCCCUGGAUCUUCUGAUGGGCCCCAGAAGGUGACAGUGCUCACAACAAUGCUAUCUGGCCGGUGGUGGCCAAGUACCUGGGGAAACCUGCGGCAGGGGCCCCGACGAAGCCCUUCUCGGGGAUCUCAGCUCUGUGCCCUCUAUGCCUUCACUUAUACUGGGGCAGAUGGCCAGCAGGUGUGUUUGGCUGAAGGGGACAGGUUCCUACUGCUUCGAAAGACCAACUCAGACUGGUGGUUGGCGAGGCGCCUGGGAGCACCCUCUACCUCUCGCCCCAUCUUCGUCCCAGCUGCCUAUAUGACAGAGGAAUCUAGCCCUUCUCAGAGCCCAACCACCAUCACCCCCAGCCAAUCCCACUGGACUCCUGGGCCGAAGUUAUUUCCUGGCUCCUUGGAGGAGCUGCACCUGUGUCAGGGACCCCCAGACAGAGCCCAGGCUACGUCUGAGCAGCCUCCUCCUCUUCCCCCUAAAAUGUGGAGAAGUGUCAGUGUUACCAACUUGAGGCCCAGCCUCCUGAAGCCUUUCCGGGAAGGCCCAAGGGGAAGAUCCCUGUCCCAGGAAGACUUGCUGGCAGAGGCCAGCGCCAGCAUGGCAAGACCCCAGAGCCUCAUGUCAGAGCCCCCCGUGUACUGCAAUCUGGUGGACCUUCGCCGCUGUCCCCGGUCCCCACCCCCAAGCCCUGCAUGUCCCCCCCUGCAGAGGCUGGACGCCUGGGAGCAACAUUUGGACCCCAACUCCGGACGCUGCUUCUACAUAAAUUCGCUGACUGGCUGCAAAUCCUGGAAGCCCCCACGCCACACGCGCACCCGAGAGAUGAACCCUGGCUUCAUGGAGGGGACACAGACCAUGAGUAGGGACAACGGUGUCCUGCAACCUCAGGCAAAGGACUCAGAAUCUGGCACAGAGAUGCCAGAAUUUUUCGACUCCCAGGGUUCACCCUGCCUCCCCAGACGCCCCUCCCAGCUGGACCCCUCAGACCAGCCUUCAGCUUUGCAGUCCCCUCGGCCUCUGCCGCAGGUCCUGGAUGACCCCCACGAGGUGGAGAAGGCGGGCCUGCUCAACAUGACCAGGAUCGCCCAGGGCGGGCGCAAGCUCCGGAAGAACUGGGGCCCAUCUUGGGUAGUAUUAGCGGGUAACAGCUUGGUGUUCUACCGAGAGCCACCGCCGACCGCCCCCUGCACCGUGUGGGGACCAGCGGGUACCCGACCCGAGAGCAGCGUGGACCUGCGCGGGGCGGCCCUGGCCCACGGCCGCCACCUGUCCAGCCGCCGUAACGUCCUGCACAUCCGCACUGUCCCUGGCCACGAGUUCCUGCUGCAGUCAGACCAGGAGCCCGAGCUACGAGCCUGGCACCGCGCACUGCGGGACGUCAUCGAGCGCCUGGAUCGAGAGAACCCCCUGGAGCUGCGUCUGUCAGGUUCGGGACCUGCGGAGCUGGGGGAGCUGAGCGCGGGGGAGGACGAAGAAGAGGAGUCGGAGCCCGUGUCCAAGCCGCUGCUGCGGCUCAGCGGCCGCCGGAGCUCGAGUCGGUGUCAGGAAGGAGCCGAGCAGAACCGCGUGCGGAACAAACUAAAGCGGCUUAUCGCGAAGAGACCGCCCUUGCAAACGCUGCAGGAGCGGGGUCUGCUCCGAGACCAGGUGUUCGGCUGUCAGCUGGAAUCACUGUGCCAGCGGGAAGGGGACACCGUGCCCAGCUUUGUACGGCUCUGCAUUGCUGCUGUGGAUAAGAGAGGUCUAGAUGUGGAUGGCAUUUACCGGGUAAGCGGGAAUUUGGCAGUGGUCCAGAAACUUCGCUUCUUGGUGGACAGAGAGCGGGCGAUCACCUCUGAUGGGAGGUACAUGUUCCCAGAACAGCCAGGACAAGAAGGACGAUUGGAUUUGGACAGCGCUGAGUGGGAUGACAUUCAUGUGAUCACUGGAGCCCUGAAGCUUUUUCUCAGGGAGCUGCCCCAGCCCCUGGUGCCCCCACUGCUGCUACCCCAUUUUCGUGCUGCCCUUGCACUUACCGAUUCAGAACAGCGCCUCUCUCAAAUACAAGAAUUAAUAAGCUCGAUGCCAAAGCCCAAUCAUGACACUCUACAGUACCUUCUGGAACAUUUAUGCAGGGUGAUAGCACACUCCGACCAGAACCGCAUGACGCCCCACAACCUGGGAAUCGUGUUUGGACCAACCCUCUUUCGGCCGGAGCAGGAGACAUCUGACCCAGCGGCCCAUGUCCUCUACCCUGGGCAGCUCGUCCAGUUGAUGCUCACCGACUUCACCAGCCUCUUCCCCUGACGGGGGCAAGGGAGACGAGAAAACACGUUUCCAGUGACCUCUGUUGGGCAGCCUUUGGUGGGGGUGAGGGGGGGGGUGUUCUGUUUUGAGGACAUCCCUUUAAACCCUGUGUCU